GCCGGAGGAGCCCAAGAGGGAGGGGAGAGAGGCAGGGCGUGAUGGCGGCCGAGAGGGGCCGGUGGCGGCGGCCGGGGCUGAGGAGGGGGCGGCGGGAGAUGCGGCAGCAGCAGCGGCAGCCGAGGGUGGAGCGGCGCUGCAGGGCGGGGCGGGCUUGGAGCGGCAGGUGGUGCUGCUGAGCGCCUCCGAGGCAGCCAGAGGGCCAGGCCGGGCGCCAUGAGCCAGGGCAGCGGAAGCGGCGGCGGCGAGCCUGAGGCCAAGGCCCUCCACACCAAGCGACUCUACCGAGCGGUGGUAGAAGCAGUGCAUAGAUUGGAUCUCAUUCUUGGGAACAAGGCAGCUUAUCAAGAAGUAUUUAAACCAGAGAACAUCAGCCUGAGAAACAAGUUACGCGAAUUAUGUGUGAAGCUGAUGUUCUUGCACCCAGUGGAUUAUGGGAGGAAAGCGGAGGAAUUGCUCUGGAGGAAAGUUUACUACGAGGUCAUCCAGCUCAUUAAAACGAAUAAGAAGCACAUUCAUAGUCGCAGUACCCUGGAAUGUGCCUACCGUACUCACCUUAUUGCCGGCAUCGGGUUUUACCAGCACCUUCUCCUCUACAUUCAGUCUCACUAUCAACUCGAGCUCCAGUGCUGUAUUGACUGGACACAUGUAACAGAUCCCCUGAUAGGUUGCAAGAAACCUGUCUCUGCAUCGGAGAAGGAGAUGGAGUGGGCUCAGAUGGCCUGCCACCGGUGUCUGGUUUAUCUGGGAGAUUUAGCUCGGUAUCAGAAUGAACUGGCAGGUGUGGAUACAGAAUUGCUUGCCGAGCGGUUUUACUAUCAAGCCCUUUCUGUUGCACCGCAAAUUGGCAUGCCCUUUAAUCAGCUGGGGACACUGGCUGGGAGUAAAUACUACAACGUGGAAGCCACCUACUGCUACCUGCGCUGUAUCCAGUCUGAAGUGUCCUUUGAAGGUGCUUACGGGAACCUCAAACGCCUCUAUGACAAGGCCGCCAAAAUGUAUCACCAGCUGAAGAAAUGCGAAACCAGGAAACUGUCACCGAGCAAAAAGAGGUGCAAAGAUAUUAAAAGGUUACUGGUGAGCUUCAUGUACUUGCAUAGCCUCCUGCAGCCGAAGAGCAGCUCUGUGGACUCUGAGCUGACGUCUCUCUGCCAGUCAGUCCUGGAGGAUUUCAACCUCUGUCUGUUCUACUUGCCCUCUUCGCCCAACCUGAGCUCUGCCAAUGACGACGAAGAGGAGUGCGAGAACGGCUACUCGUUCCUGCCAGACCUCCUCAUCUUCCAUAUGGUCAUCAUUUGCCUGAUGAGCGUCCACAGCCUCAAGAGGGCAGGCUCCAAGCAGUAUAGCGCAGCUAUCGCUUUCACGCUGGCCCUCUUCUCGCACCUCAUCAACCACGUCAACAUUCGCUUGCAGGCGGAGCUGGAAGAAGGCGAGAACCCAGUCCCAGCCUUCCAGAAUGAUGGCGCAGAAGAGCCCGAGACCAGGGAGCCAUCCAACUCCAUCGAGAGAGAAGCCGAAGCUGACCUGGCCAACCACCGACCCAGCGAGGAUCAGAGGAAGACCGAGAGCAAGAGGAGCAAGAAAUACUCGCGCCUCUCCUGUCUUCGCCGCCGCCGGCAUGCCCAGAAGGUGGACGAGAGCGACCUGAGCGAGGGCUUUGACUCUGAUUCCAGCCCCGACUCCACCAAGGGCAGCGACGGCUCCGAGACGGGCUCGGAGAAGAGCGAUGAGGAGGCCGAGGCAGCUUUCGACAUGGAGACGGACUCUGACAUGAACAGCCAGGAGUCCCGCUCGGACUUGGAAGACAUAGAGGAUGAGCCAGACGCAGAAGGGGGAGGCCGGACCAGGAGCAUGAGGAAUGGAGACCGGGAGACCUUAGGCUCUGUGGAAGGCGAAGGGAGGCUGGUGGACUCCAAAGGCCCCGGCGUCACCAAGACCGAGCCCUUGGAGCCGGUGGCCAAUGGGCCGGGCUCGCUAGGCGCCAGCGACGCCAGCAUCGCCAGCAACCUCCAAGCCAUGUCCACGCAGCUCUUCCAGACCAAGCGCUGCUUCCGACUGGCCCCUACUUUCAGCAAUGUCCUCCUCAAGCCCAACUGCGAGCCGCCCGCCCAGAAAGAGGUGGCAGAUAGCAAGCCUUGUGUCAACGGGGACGUGGAGAAGCCAGGCGUGGCUGAGCAAGAAGAUGCUUCAGAGUCAGAAGAAAGUGUCGCCAGUAACAAAUCCUGCAGGAACGAGCGUUCUCUCCAAGAGAAGCUGGAGAUCAUAACCAAUGAGGGGCUGCUGCCAACUGUCAAGGUGUUCCUGGACUGGCUGAGAACAAACACAGACCUUAUCAUUAUGUGCGCACAGAGCUCUCAGAGUUUGUGGAACAGACUUUCUGUCCUUCUGAACCUGCUUCCUUCAGCUAGAGACUUGCAGGACUCGGGGCUGGCCUUCUGCAAUGAGGUGAAGAACAUGUUGCCAGGGUGCGAACUUCCAGACCUGAGCUCCUGCUUGCUCCUUCCGGAAGACGUGGCCCUCCGUAACCUUCCCCCACUGAAGAGCGCACACAAGAGAUUCAAUUUCGAGCAGGACAGGCCUGUGCUUUCAGAAGUGGAGGAGUCAGUGGUUCGUAUCUGCUGCAUCCGGAGCUUCGGCCACUUCAUCACCCACCUGCAAGGCAGCAUCCUGCAGUUCAACUCCGAGGUCGGGAUCUUCAUCAGCAUCGCUCAGUCCGAGCAGGACAAUUUGCUGCAGCAGGCCCAGGCCCAGUUCCGUAUGGCUGCUGAGGAGGCCCGCCGGAACAGGCUCAUGAGAGACAUGGCUCAGCUUCGGCUGCAGCUGGAGGUGUCGCAGUUAGAAGGGAGUCUCCAGCAGCCCAAAGCGCAGUGUGUGAUGUCCCCCUACCUCGUCCCUGACACCCAGGCGCUCUGCCAGCACAUCAGCACCAUCAGGCAGCUGGCCGCCAGCGGGAGAUUCAUUGUCAUCAUCCCGCGGACAGUAAUCGAUGGCUUGGACUUCCUGAAGAAAGAGAAUGCAGGAGCUCGCGACAGUAUCCGAUACUUGGAGGCAGAGUUCAAAAAGGGAAACAGGUACAUUCGCUGCCAGAAAGAAGUGGGGAAGAGCUUUGAGAGGCAUAAGCUGAAGAGGCAGGAUUUGGAUGCUUGGAACCUCUUUAAAAUACUGGACAGCUGCAAACAGCUGACAGCGUCACAAGGGUGCAGCGAAGACGACACCACUGGGAUGGUGACCAUCAUCACGGGCUUGCAGGUGGAUGACCCGAGCAAACUUUCAGCACCCAUGCAGUCUGCAGUCCAGGCGGCAGCCAAUGCCAGCGUCGAGGUGAAAAACGUUCUGGAAUUCUUCAAGCAGUGGAAGGAAAUGGGCUGAGGACGCAGGAGCCGCUGGGUUGGUUGAAGCUUUGUCUCCUCGUCUUGCGACGCGCAGCGUUGGAACAGAAGAAGUCAAAACACGGGCGCUCUUUGGACACGAAGCCGCAGCAGCAACAACCCACGAAAACGAGCAAUCCGGGGGGGCGUGCGCAUGGAUCACAGGCGCGCGUGCGCACCCCGCCAUCACCUCCCCCUCUCACAGAACAGGUGGUGUCCGUGGUGGACAACGCAGCCGCUCUGAGAAGAGAGACGUAUCUCGGCCGGAUGGAGGAGAGACGGUCUCCUUUCUCCCAGCUGAUGGAGACAGGCGAGGUUGGCAAGUGGGAGGGGGUCCGUUCAUCUCCAUGAAGCCUGCUCGAUUUCUCACCUUUGGAAAUCCGCAGGCUG